UUUCCCAAGUCCCAUAAUUCCCUUUAUAUAAGUAACAAAAAUUCAUGGCCAAUAUUUACUCUCAAAAUUCUAUUUUCAAGAACUAAUUACCCAUUUCAUCCACUAAAUUCUCUGCAAAAUGGGCAUGAUAUUGGGAAAGAUCACUGUAGAAACACCCAAAUACGAAAUAAUUCAAUCUACACCUGAUUACGAAAUCCGUAAAUACCCAUCAGCUGUUAUAGCACAAGUCACAUAUGAUCCAACCGAGUUUAAAAACAACAAAGAUGGUGGAUUCAUGGUACUAGCAAAUUACAUAGGAGCAUUGGGUAAUCCCCAAAACUCCAAGCCUGAGAAAAUCGACAUGACUGCUCCCGUAAUCACUAAAUCACCCCAAGAAAAAAUCGCGAUGACUGCACCAGUCGUGACUAAGAGUAGUGGUGAUGAUGAGAAGAGUGUUGUGACUAUGCAGUUUAUUUUGCCAGCCAAGUAUAACAAAGCUGAAGAGGCGCCGAAGCCAUUGGAUGACAGAGUGGUGAUUGUUGAAGAAGGGGAGAGGAAGUAUGGGGUGGUGAAGUUUAGUGGGAAUGCAAGUGAUGGAGUUGUGAAAGAGAAAGUGGAGAAUUUGAAGGGAUGUUUGGAGAGAGAUGGGUAUAAGAUUGUUGGGGAGUUUGAAUUGGCUAGGUAUAAUCCUCCAUGGACUUUGCCUCCAUUUAAGACUAAUGAAGUUAUGAUUCCAGUUGAGUGAAGCUUAAAUGUUGUGUAGUGUAGUGUAGUUGGCUCGUGAAAUUUUAAAUACUAUUUCGUGGCUUUUGUAAGAGUUUUAGUUUUUCAUUAAGAUGUGGGGACUUGCCUGCUUUAUUUGUUGUUUUAUUAAGGAAUUAUGUAUUUCUUAUGUUUAUAUGUUGUUGAUAAUACUGUAAUUUGUUUGAUGAA